AUGGCCUCCUCUAUAUUCAAAGUAUCUUCUGUCUUAGUUAAUUCUUCAAAGAAUUUGCGUUGCGUUGUUCGACUGAUUGAUAAGCGGAACUUCACCACCACAAAUGUCGUCGCGAGGAAAGAACGGGACACGAUGGGGGAGCUGGACGUGCCGGACGACAAACUGUACGGAGCGCAAACCGUGCGCUCCAUUAUGAACUUCCCCAUUGGGGGCAUUGAGGAGCGGAUGCCGUACCCAGUUAUUGUUGCUAUGGGAAUAUUGAAGAAGGCAGCUGCAAAGGUCAAUAUUGAAUAUGGUCUUGACAAGAAAGUUGCCGAAGCAAUCAUGCAAGCGUGCGACGACGUUAUAUCUGGCAAGUUGUACCGCGAGGGUCACUUUCCACUGGUCAUCUGGCAGACUGGAUCCGGUACACAGAGCAAUAUGAACACUAAUGAGGUAAUUGCGAACCGAGCCAUCCAAAUACUAGGCGGCAAGCUCGGCAGUAAGGACCCUGUCCAUCCAAAUGACCAUGUGAACAAGUCCCAAAGCUCCAACGACACUUACCCAACGGCCAUGCAUAUAGCUGUGGCCAUGGAGCUCAGGGAUAGGCUCAUGCCGGGUCUGGUGUGCCUGAGGGACACGCUGGCUUCCAAGUCUAAGGAGUUUGAGAAGAUUAUCAAGAUCGGCAGAACGCACUUGAUGGACGCCGUGCCGCUGACGCUCGGGCAAGAGUUCUCCGGCUACGCGACGCAGCUCACGUACGGCAUCGAGCGCGUGUGCAGCACUCUGCCGCGCCUGCACUACCUGGCGCUGGGCGGCACCGCCGUCGGCACCGGCCUCAACACCCGCGUCGGCUUCGCCGAGAAGUGCGCCAAGGAGAUCGCCAAUUUAACCGGUAUUCCAUUCGAAUCUGCACCAAACAAGUUUGAGGCGUUAGCCUGCCACGACUCGAUGGUGGAAGUCUCUGGAGCUCUUAAUACUAUUGCUGUAUCUCUUAUGAAGAUCGUAAACGACAUCCGUCUUCUAGCUUCUGGCCCAAGAUGUGGUCUCGCUGAAUUACUUCUGCCAGAGAAUGAACCGGGUUCAUCUAUCAUGCCAGGCAAAGUGAACCCGACGCAGUGCGAGUCGCUGACGAUGAUAGCGGCGCAGGUGAUGGGCAACCACGUGGCCUGCAGCAUCGGCGGCAGCAACGGCCACUUCGAGCUCAACGUGUUCAAGCCGAUGAUCGUCGCCAACGUGCUGCGCUCCAUACGCCUGCUCGGCGACGGUUGCCAGGCGUUCAACAAGAACUGCGCGGUCGGCAUCAAGGCGAACGUGACGCAAAUAGACAAGAUCAUGAAGGAGUCGCUCAUGCUCGUCACGGCCCUCAACCCGCAUAUUGGAUACGAUAAGGCCGCUCAAAUCGCGAAAACAGCGCACAAAGAAGGCGGCACACUCAAGGACACCGCUAUAAAGCUAGGCAUUCUAACCGCGGAGCAGUUUGACAAGUGGGUGCGUCCUGAGGAUAUGCUGGGACCUAAGUAGACUUGAUGAUGCACAGGAUUUAGGAUGUGUGGACCUGAUCAUGUUCGGGGGGUCGCCUUGGCGUGGUUUAGUUUUACUGUGUAAUUUAGUAACUGUAUUUUAAUAUACUAGAAAGCACAUCAUAAAAAUACCAUUUAACUUGAAAACUUCAUUCUUUUUGAAGUCUGUUGAAAACGCUUGAAAAUUUUAUUAAAAAUGACAAUUGUAGCGUAUUAUAUUCAAAUAAGUAGAAAACUUGUAACGACUUUCACUAAUUAAGGGUGUGCUAUCUACUGUAUUAAAAAUGUAUGUUUUUGUUUCAACAUAUUUUAUAAUGUUGGACAGUUUAGUAUCUGAUGAUUGCCUUAUUUAAAAGAAAUAGCAAGAGUAUUUCAAGGCUACCCCCUGGUCUAAUCGUUAUUUUAAUGGAAACACUAGAGUACAUGUAUAUUUGAUUAUAUUUUGAAGUAUGUUCCAAUAUAUUAUGUAUUUAUUGUUUUUUUUUUUUAAAGAAUAAAAAAAUGCUGAUCA